AUUGUUUUGAAACUAGGAUCUCGGAUGUAAAAUUUAGCGGAUACACAUCUAUUUGACUGAUGUUUUAAUAACAUUUCUGAGAAAUCACAAGCCCUCUUAAAAUACAAUUGGACACGACUUAACAAAGAAACCUAUAAAACGGCAAUUAUCUGUAAAUAAGUUACAUUAAGAUUCAUUAUUGGAAUAUAAAUUUCGUUACAUCAUGAACGUAAAUGUCGAGAGUGUGUUCUUAUAUAUUGCAACGAUCACUUUGCUAGUACCAGUCUCGGAGUCAGUUCCUGUCGGUGAUUCAAAUCAACUGUCAGCAGUUAUCAAAAAUAUAACAGAUCUGCAGAUUCAACUAAACGAAGAGAGAGACCGCAGGACUAAACUGGAGGGUGAAAUUAACAUAUAUCGCCAGGUACAGAGCGAAAUGAUGAAAAGUGUUGAAAUAAUAGACGGACAAAUGGGCCAACUUGUGAACGGACAGAACGUGGCUUUUUAUGCACGGUUAUCUAAAAGCUAUGACAGUAUUGAGCCCUGGGCUACAAUCGUGUUUUCUGAUGUUGAAACAAAUACUGGAAGCGCUUACAACAGUACAAAUGGUGAAUUUACAGCACCCAUAACAGGCCAUUACGUUUUUCAUUCUAAUAUUCUCUCAAAACAAGAUAAAAUUAUCGAAACUUCACUCCGAGUUAACGGUAACGACAAAAUGUUCCUAUAUUCAGGCGGAAAGUAUCAUGGAUCCGGAAGUAAUAUGGCUGUGCUUCAUCUUAACGCUGGAGACAAUGUCAAAAUGGUUAAACAUGGAUCUUGGGGACCAAAGCCUUUCUACAUACACCAUAGCUGGAGCUCAUUUUCUGGGUUUCUCUUACGCGCAGAUUCGUCCUUCUUUGAUCCUAGACAUACUCCAUCUGUAUAGACAUGCAGUCAUUCUGUUAGUUGUGAUAUAUUCAUAUAUUACUUUAUGUAUACAAUAAUGACGUUUAUCUUCCAUCUGACAGGCAUGACGACAAUGAACUCAGCAUAUGUAUGACAAAUGUUUAGUGAAUGUGUUCCGUAAUUUAUCUUGUCCUCAUCAUAAUAAUAAUGUUUUGAUUUAUACUGUAUGAAUGUACAUGAAAGGAAUGUCAAGCUUCUUUUUAAUUGUUUUAUGUUUUGUACAUUAGAAUAAAC